AAAAAUAAAAAAAUCAAGAAGAAUAAUUCCAUGCGAACGUUCCUACAGUAAGCUCGCAACAUCAACCAGUAAACGAUUUUAGUUACUCAUAUUCUGUCGAUCACCUGGUUGACAAUCCAAACUCACGUAGAAACGCACACAUAGUUUACACUUUCCUUGUCACGAAAACUUUACUUUUGUCUGCACUGAGACCACGCAACUAAUCUGGACGUAACGCCGUUAAGCAGUUAACGGCGACCAUCUAUCUCUCUUGCUUUGUGUUCGUGUUUUCUCUCUCAUGAUCUAACUCGUCGGAGGCCUCGUGUUUGUAGGAGCGGGUCUGGUUCUCUACAGACACUAUUUUUUCUCUCUUUGUCCGUUGAAAGGGAGCGGAUCUCUUUCUCUCUCCUCUUAUCUUUCUCUCUAAUUUUUUUUUUCUCUCUCUUGGAGGAGCCAGCGGGCGAGGGCUCGGAAUCUCGCCUGGGAUCAAACCGCCGUCGCUCGCCGGGGACUCCAUGAAUUAAGGCCGGAAGCUCUGAAUUUUCCGGCCAGGUUAGGGGAAUAGACAAGCGGUUUCUUGUGUGUGAGAGAGAAAAGAUAUGAAUUCUAGAGAGAGAAAAUGAAAUGAGAGAAUACAUGUGGAUAACGUGCAAUGUAGGGAAAAAAGAAGAGAGUGAUUGCAAGGUAUCAAACGCUUGGAGGUUCUUGCACGCCACAGAUACCUAGAUCUCUUCUUCAAUUUCCCUUGCCUUGUGCAAUAAUCCAUUCUAUUUCGAUUUCAAUUUCAAUUUCUCUGUUUUUUGUUUAAAUUGUUCUCUGUGCUUCUUUCGUUUAUCUCUCCCCAUCUCUCUCUCUCAUAAAUCCGUUCUCACUAUAGCGCUCUGAUUUUCGAGUCUUCAAAGCUGGCGUUCAUAAUUUAAAUGUAGUAGAAGCUGGAGGUGGAACUGUUUUCAAGUUUCAGUGUCCUUUUUUUUAGUUAAGGUAUCAUUAUGCCAUCUGAAAUAAUGGACCUAAAGGGGUUGUCUUCAUCAUCAUUCUUCUCUGAGGAAGUGUGUUUUCCUAACGAGAGAAAGGUUGGCUUUUGGAAGCCGGAUAACAUGCCUGACCACUAUGGCAUAAAAGUGGAUGGAACAUUACGAACAGAAGGCGGCAGUUCAAUUGCUUCGUCACCCCUGGAGAAACGGUUUCCAAUGGAUUUUCAGACGUCGAAGUGCUUUGAACCUCCUGAACCUUUCCUAAGCAGGAACCAAAAAGUUAAUGUUAGCUUAGAGAAGCAUUCAGUUGGAGCAGAGCGAACAGCCAUUCGUCCUUUGCAGAGACCUUUUGAUCGUGAUCCGGGAUCAAUAUCUAAUCUGAAUUCGGAGCCAGCAUCUUAUUUUAUGGAGAGGGACAAAAUCAAUUUCAUGGGUUCUCAGUAUGAAAAUGGUCUCUUCUCCAGUUCAUUGUCCGAGUUAUUUAGCAGAAAAUUAAGAUUAUCAUCAAAUAAUGUUCUAUAUGGCCAUUCUGUUGGAACUGCUGUCCCCCACUAUGAGGAAGAUGAACCUCUUGAAUCCCUUGAGGAAAUUGAAGCCCAAACUAUUGGAGAUCUCCUCCCUAGUGACGAUGAUUUGCUUUCUGGAGUGACUAAGGGGUUUGACUAUAAUGCCCAACCUAGCAGUGGAGAUGAUAUAGAAGAUUUAGACAUUUUUAAUAGUAUUGGAGGGAUGGACUUAGGAGAAGAUAGCUCAUCUCCAGGACCAAGAAGCUCUGAACUUUCUGGAGGAAAUUCUACUAGUCAGCUGGGGGGAUCUAGUAGUUCAAUUGCUGGGGAACAUCCUUACGGGGAACAUCCAUCUAGAACACUAUUUGUGCGAAAUAUAAAUAGCAAUGUUGAAGAUUCUGAGCUACGGGCCCUUUUUGAGCAAUAUGGAGAUAUCCGCACUCUUUAUACAGCUUGCAAACAUAGGGGCUUUGUUAUGAUUUCCUAUUAUGAUAUUAGAGCAGCCCGAAAUGCGAUGAGAGUACUUCAGAACAAACCAUUGAGACGUAGAAAGCUUGACAUACAUUACUCAAUUCCCAAGGACAACCCUUCAGAUAAAGAUGUCAACCAAGGCACUCUUGUGGUUUUUAACCUGGAAUCUUCUGUUUCAAAUGAGGAACUCCAUCAAAUUUUUGGUGUCUAUGGCGAGAUUAAGGAGAUCCGAGGGACUCCACACAGAGAUCAUAACAAGUUCAUUGAGUUUUAUGAUAUUAGAGCUGCAGAAGCCGCUCUUCGUGCAUUGAACAGGAGUGAUAUCGCAGGGAAGCGGAUUAAACUUGAACCAAGUCGUCCUGGUGGUGCUAGACGUUUGAUGCCAGCUUUUCCUCCGGAGAUGGAGCAAGAUGAAUCUGGUACAUAUCUGCAGCGGAGUAGUCCUCCUAAUAAUUUGAUGACACCAUUUUCUGGACCAGUUUCACAGGCAGUAAUUACAUCUUCAAGUAUGGACAAUGGAACAAAUUUGGGUGCACAUUCUGCAAUUCAAUCCCCUAUUAGUCCAUUCCCGGAAAAUACAUUCAACCAGGGAAUCUCAUCCAGUGUUCCGAACAGCUUACCCUCUCCAGUGAGACUUGAAUCAGUAGGCAACCAGUCCAGUUUCACUGAGUCUGGCCACUCGCAUGGCCAACUAAAAUUUGAUUUUCAUGAUAUGCCAAAUUUUCAUCCUCAUUCACUCCCAGAGUAUCAUGAUGGUCUAACUGCUGGUGCUCCGUGCAAUUCUCCGGGCAUGGCUGCAAAUAUUAGUGUCAGGUCCUUGGAUAGAAUAGAGAACAGGCAGUUCUGCGGAACAAGUUCAAAUGGGCACUCAAUUGAACUGAAUGAAGGAAUUUUUGGUCCCUCUGGAAAUGGGAGCAGUCUCCUUCCUGGACAUCAUUACAUGUGGAGUAAUUCACAUCAUCCUCAACCACAAAGCAUGAUGUGGCCGAACUCACCAUCAUUCGUCAAUGGAGUCUGUACUACUCAUCCUUCUCCACGAUUGCAUGCACUUCCCAGAGCACCAUCUCAUAUGCCGAACACACUUUUACACAUGAAUAACCCCCAUGUUGGAUCGGCACCAUCUAUUAAUGCUUCUAUCUGGGACAGGCGACAUGCCUAUGGAGGGGAAUCCCCUGAUGCUUCUGGUUUUCACCCAGGUUCUCUUGGGAAUAUCAGAAUUUCUGGUAACUCACCACAUCCUUUGGAAUUUGUUUCACAUAACAUUUUUCCUCGUGUUGGUGGAAGCUGUAUGGACCUGCCCAUUCCCUCCAAAAAUGUUGGGUUGCACUUCCAUCAUCAGAGGUGUCCAAUACUUCCUGGUAGAGGACAAAUGGUUCCGAUGAUGAAUUUGUUUGAUUCUCCAAAUGAGCGUGGUAGAAGCCGCAGAAAUGAAGGCAGCUCCAAUCAGGCUGACAACAAGAAACAGUUUGAACUUGACAUUGACCGCAUAAUGCGAGGGGAAGACAACCGGACAACGCUUAUGAUAAAGAACAUUCCUAACAAGUAUACUUCAAAGAUGCUUUUGGCUGCAAUUGAUGAACGCCAUCGAGGAACUUAUGAUUUUGUUUACUUGCCCAUUGAUUUCAAGAACAAAUGCAAUGUUGGUUACGCUUUCAUCAACAUGACAGAUCCUUCCCUGAUUGUCCCGUUCUAUCAGUCAUUCAAUGGAAAAAAAUGGGAAAAGUUCAAUAGCGAAAAGGUGGCGUCACUAGCAUAUGCUCGGAUACAGGGAAAAUCUGCUCUGAUUGCCCAUUUCCAAAAUUCAAGCCUGAUGAAUGAGGAUAAGAGAUGCCGGCCUAUCCUUUUUCACACAGAGGGUCCCAAUGCGGGUGAUCAGGUGCCCUUUCCCAUGGGUGUUAAUGUUCGACCUAGACCCGUCAAGAAUAGAGCCAGUACCAGUGAGGAAAACAAUCAAGAAAGCUCAACAAACCUGACCAAUGGGGAGGAAUCUUACAGUGGAGAUUCUUCAGGCUCCGGAAAGGAUUCAGAGUGAGUGACAUUUCCUCCUUGUUGGCACUAACCUAUAGAGUGUACCAAAAAAUUUGUAAAUUACAUCCACCUCAAAUUUUAGUAACAAAUAUUUAGGGGUGGUUGACGGAAAAAGACCUUUUUGGUACUUACGGAGAGCCUCCUAAAAAUCCUGAGAAUCCAUGCUUGACCAAGCUUGGUGCAUCACCCAUUUUCUUGGGGGUUACUGAAAAAUACCGAGGCGGUUAGAUAAAGGAGCAACGGAUGGAGCUUCGAAAUUUUGGAUGGUUUUGAGAAUUUGACUUCGAAAAAACAUGUACAUGUAUAGAAGUUUCUGACCAACAGAGAAAUAUAUGCUGCACCUUUAGGAGGCUUCUCUGCUAUAUGAUUACUUUUUUUGACAUUUUCCUUCUCUUUUUCGGGUUUGUGAGUUGUCUGCUAGAGAACUCGUAUUGUUUAAAAAAUUUUGAGGGGAUAAAUUGAUGAUGUCUUGUAUUAUUGCUCUAAAGUUUGGAGAGGUGUGGAGUCUUUUACAAUGGCUUUGUCACUGUCUUUCUUAAUGCAAAUGCUCUGCCUUUUGUACUUA